GCUGUUGAUGUAAACAAAGGGAAGGAGAGGAUCUGAGGCCAGGACUCUCGGCUGUCUUAAGUGUAUUAUGAAGUAGCUUCUUCUCCCAGGAAGCAUGCAUGAUGCUUACGAGGCCAUCCCCAUCCUGGAGAAGCUGCCCCUGCAGAUUGAGGCUGUCACUGCUUAUGAUGGUAAUCUGGUGGUGGGAACGAGGCAAGGCCACUUGCUCAUGUAUACAGUGACACCUGGCACCACCCGUCGCUGGGACGUUGCGCUUCUCUGCUCUAACAAAAAUUUCUCCCGUAAACCAAUUGUUCAGGUGGCAGUAAUACCUGAACAUCAGAUUAUUGUCUCCUUAUCAGAUAAUGUUGUAAGCAUUCAUGAUCUGACGGCCUUCAAUCUACCUCUUCUGUGCACAUUAACCCAAACCAAAGGUGCUACUGCCUUUGAUCUUGAUAUUAAGCAUCACGUGUCACUCACUGGGGAUGCAGUAGUGACUGUUCGUCUGGUGGUGGCUGUGAGACGCAAGCUCCAGCUCUUCUAUUGGAAAUCUAGAAAGUUUCACCAGCUUCGUGAGGAUUUAGCACUCCCAGAUGUACCACGAGCUUUAACGUGGUGCAUGGAAGCAAUUGCUGUUGCAUUUAAGCAUGAGUAUUGGCUUGUUAAGCUGACUGGUGAACAGAAAGAGUUAUUUGCUACCGGUCGCAGUCAAGAACCACUAAUUACACGAAUGGUAGAUGGAGAGCAGCUAGCAUUGGCCCAUGACAAAGAGACCAUUUUUGUUGAUGCUGAGGGCAAUGCCACCUGCAGCUAUACUUUAAAAUGGGAUGAACAACCACUUUGUUUAGCAUACAACAAGCCAUACUUGAUAGCCAUCUUAUCAAAAACAAUAGAAAUCAAGACUGCAGAACCCCAGAUUACUGUGCAAGUUCUCAACCUAGAUAAGCCUAGACUUCUUGCAGUGGGCCAGUCUUCAAAAGGAAAAAGUCAGGUUUACAUUGCAUCGGCGUCUCACGUGUGGUGUCUACAUAACGUUCCCAUCAAUCAACAGAUCCCACAACUUCUAGCUGAAAAACAGUUUGGAUUGGCCUUAAAACUUGUUGAUGUGUGGGAUGAAGCUGAGGAUGCCAAGACUCAGAUGCAAAAACACAUUCAGCACCUGCAAGCCAUUCAUCUCUUCUGUAGCAAGAGCUACCCUGAAGCCAUGAAGCUGUUUUUCACUCUUAAUACAGAUCUUCCGUUUGUUAUUGGAAUGUAUCCAGACAUGGUCCCUGAGGAAUACCGGAGUCGACUCCGGUAUCCAUACCCCAUUCCAGCACUAAGUGGUGCGGACUUAGAGCAGGCACUCCAAGCCCUUGUUCACUUCCUGUUAGAGAUGCGUCACCAGCUGUCAAGCACUGAUAGUGAGGCACAUGUGGAAGAUGGUGUAGACAACAAGUUCUCUCCCUCAGCCGCAAGCUUAAAGUCCCGUAAUGAAAAGCUCCAGAUAAUUGACACAACACUGUUGAAGUGCUAUGUACAGACUAAUGACAGUCUUGUGAAGCCCCUGCUUCGAAUGCGAGACAGCCGCGUUAGUAUAGUAGAAGGUGAACGUGUUUUACGCCAUGCCCAUAAGUAUCCCGAGUUAGUUCUUCUGCUUCAAACACGUGGACUUCAUCAGCGCGCUCUCCAGCUUUUGAUCCGCCAUGCCAAAAGAGCAGACUCAUCUCUGUGUGGCCACCACCACACCGUCACUUACCUCCAGCAUCUAGGCCCCCAGCACAUUGAUCUCAUUUUUGAGUACGGAGGAUGGGUGUUGAAGUCAUAUCCUGAAGAUGGGCUGAAAAUUUUUAUUGGUGACAAGUCCACAUCAGGUGAAGUGGAUCAACUACCACGACCAAAAGUGCUGAACUUUCUAAAGAAAACUGAGAAAUCUCUAGUCAUCCCAUAUUUGGAGCAUGUAAUUGAAGAGUGGGGUGAUACAACUCCUCUGUUGCACAAUGAGCUCAUUCAUCAGUACCGUGACAUAGUCACGGCUCCCUUCCAGUCUAGUGAUCCAAGUAAUGUAGAAGAGGAGAAAGCUAGAAGAGAACCUGUUCGUGAAAAACUUCUGAAAUUCUUGAAUGAUUCUGAAUAUUAUACUGCAGCAACUCUAUUGGUUCAUUUCCCAUAUGACAAUCUCCAUGAAGAGCGAGCAGUGCUACUGGGCUGCCUAGGCCAACAUUAUCAGGCUCUCUCCAUCUACACUCACACACUGAGGGACACGCAGGCUGCUCUGAACUACUGCCAGAAGCACUACACUGCCUCUGGAGCUGGUAGUGAGGUAUACUUGACGCUGCUGAAGCUGCUGGUGGGCCCCGCGGACACCAGGAGCCCCUCGGCAUCCCCAGUCAAGCAGCAGCUGGCAGCAAAACUAGAUGUUCAAGCUGUUCUGCAACUUCUACAGAAUUAUCUACAUUGCAUAGAUCUGGGCCAGGCACUGAAGGUCCUUCCAGAUGAAGUAACAUUAAGUUUGCUGAAACCAUUUAUCCAUGCGUCGUUUAACCUUGCUAACACUGUGUGCAAACAGAAGCAAAUAGCUCGAGGCCUCACACAGUCGGUUAAGCUUCAGACUAGUGAAGAGCUUAAUUCAUGCCAAAGAUUGAAGAUCAUGUUAUCAGAAUAUACUUACUGUGCUGUGUGCAGCAAAAGAUUCACUAAACACAGUGCUUUUGCUUGGUAUCCAAAUGGUGAUAUUGUUCACUUCUCAUGCCAGAGUCAGAGGUAACAUUGAGUAGCAUAAAACUGGCUUUGUGUCAGAUUAUUCUGUGCCACUAAUUAUAAUAUGUAUGAAUCUGUAAUGAAGAAAAUGUUGAAAUGAGCAAAAACGGUUUGGUAAGUGAAGUAACGGUGUAUGCCUGAAAGGCAAUGUUGUUCUAGGCUUGACUUGUUCUUUCAGCACAAGGCAAUUUUUCUUGUACUACACUGUUAAAAUUAUUGUAAGAUCUGCUUUAUCAGCAUAAAACAUGAUACAUUCUUAUUAUGCUUAAGUACAAGUUUGAAAUUAGAAUGACUUCUAGAUGGUAGUCAGAGAUAUCUCUACUCUCUGAUAUCGUUGGAAUGUCCUCGUUUAUUAGAUUGACGCGUAAACUACCAAUGAAAAAUGAUAUCGAAAGGUAAGGUCUGCCUUUAUAACCGAGUUAUGACAGUAAAACCAUCAUUUCUGGAGUUAUGUCAUUUGCUUUUGUGAUACAAUAGUUAUUUAAUACACGAUCAUUCCUUGACUCGUUGUGGCUUUUGUCAAUUGUGUAUGAGAUCUGAAACCCAUCAUGUGGUUAUUUAUAUAAUUAUAAUAAACAUAAGAACACAGAAACGUUGAAGGCUGUAAUUGAAGUGUAGCCUCACACAGAUUGUAUAGUUGAUGUUUUCUUGUUUCCCAAAUUGCCAUAAUUGUGUCUGCCUUUUAUGAUGGUGACUAAUCUGCAAUAUUUUUAGUUUAAUUACUCUUUAAGUUAAGUUACCAGCCUAUGAGAAAUUUUUUGUGGAAGAUAAAAUUAUAUUAACAAAUUUGGAAUACAAAAUUCCUUGUUCUCGUUGCUAGUGGUAUUAUUAAAUGCCACAAACAUUUUUGUGUACUGUAUAUUUAUACAUUAAUUAAAUUACUUACCUUGAUUUUACCAAUGCAGAGCUGAGAAAAGCGAAGGUAUGAAUGUUAAACUUGGGUCCGUCUCAAGAAACGGUGUUACUAGCAAGGUGAAUCGGGUAAUGGCAUUAGUCAUACUAUAAAUACAAGACUGGUGUAGGUUUGGUAUUUCUCACUGCUCUGCAAAAUGACAUUACAGAAAGCGCUUCUGAAUCUACUGUUACUAGACUUUACUUGUCACUAGUAAAGUUGCAUUAUUAUCCUUAGGAUAAACUGUCAUUCUUGUGACUCAAAGCAUAAUUGAUGCAACCAUUUGAGGUUGAGUGCAGUGUAUCUACAGCUUGACCAGCACUGCUACAAGCAUGAUUAUAUGUGUGUUGACACUUAUAAUGCUUCCUCACUACUUUGUGAUAAUUUGCUUCUAAUUUUCAUUCUUGUGUUUCUGAUGUGCCCCAUACUUGUCAUUUGUGAGUCUCAUUCAUUUUAUAAUGAAUGGCUUAUUGUAUCUGUACAAUAUUACAUAACUGGCACAGUUUUAAUAUGUGUCAGAUAAUGACACGUGGUUUGGAAUUUAGUGUGUGUAUAUAUAUAUACUGUUCUUUAGUGUGUGUGUAUGUAUGUAUGGAUAUAUAUAUAUGUAUGAAUGUAUGAAUAUAUACAUAUGUAUGUAUGUUCCGCGAAUGGCUUACUCGACAUUUUUUACAUGUCGAGACUUUAUUAUAAUUUUUAAUAUUCUUUUUAUACAAAAAAUAAAUAACCCUUUUGCUAUCUAAUUUAGAAACAUUAAAAUAGGAUCCAUG